AUAGACAUGGAAAUUCCAAACACAGUCAGGCAGCAUGAAGUAUAUAUGUCAUUCUGAACCAAGCAGAACGGGGUCGUCAAAGGUCUGGGUCUCCAAAGGGAAGGAAUGGGGUCUUUAGGAAGAAUGAAGAAAGGUAAAUGUGUGGUAAACAAAUGUUUGCUGGGCCACCGAGAAACAAUGGGCCAUGGAGGGCUUCCAUCAAACAGGCCUUGCUUGGCUCCUCCCUGUCUACCACGCCUAGUUCACAGUAUAAUGUAGUUAUCUAGGGUCACAGCUCUCCACCUGGAGCAGGUCCUCAAUCCGAAUUCCUUUUAGGUCUCUCCUCCUCUCCCAUGGCGUGUGCUGCUGACUGUUUCUUGCCAUGUCUUCUCACAAGACUUUCAGGAUCAAGCGAUUCCUGGCCAAGAAACCAAAAAAGCAGAAUCGUCCCAUUCCUCAGGGGAUUCGGAUGAAAACUGGUAAUAACACCAGCUACAACUCCAAGAGGCGGCAUUGGAGAAGAACGAAGCCGGGUCUGUACGGGAUCGUACCUGAGGUGGCACACGUUUAUGCCCCCUGAAGGUCACGUGUUCCUACUCCGUCACUCUGCAAACCUCCCUACUACCCGAUCUGUUGUAUCAUGGAAAAGACUCUUCUCUGUUAUUAUGCUUCUGCACCUGUAGGUUGGUUCAGUAAUAAACACGUGAGACCUUU